GUAAGAGAUGCAGAGCCCCAUGUGAGACUCAGUGCUGCCAAUUAGGAUGAAGUGUUGUAAUACGGAAGAUAAAGGACAAAACUUGACCUCAAGGCAACAGUAUCACCAAGGAAUCAGACAAAGAAGGAAGACAAACUAAAUGAAGCUUUAAAUGGAUUUGAAGACGAUAGGAUUUGCAUCCUUUGGGUCUGAAGCUUUAGAGUGACUGAGGAAAACUGAUGAACAGAAAAAAGAGACAACACACUAGAUGACAAGGGGAGAUUCACAGAAGACCUGCUGAUGGACAUAAACACAACAAAGUAAUUAUUUUUUUUUGCUUCUGCCAGCUGAUGACGCAGCCAACAUCUCUGUGGGUUCACAUGCUAAAAUGGCACCAGAUAUCCAGGGAAUAGAGCUUAAUACACAGACUAGCUGAAAGGAAAUAUGAUGAGAAUAAGAGGACCUGUACUAACAGAAUGUAGCUCCUGCUAACGACUGAGCAUGGGGAAAGCAGAAGUGACUGAUUGACCCCCAGAUGUUAUUUGUAUAUAUCCAGCUGAGUGAUAGCUGUGCUCCUUUGACCAUGCUGGGAUGUUGGACAUAGCAAAGAUGCUAGUGCUAAACAUGCUGGAAAAUUGGUGCGUCGUUCUCACAGAGCAGUGAGGAUGAAGAGACGAGGCCACACCAGAGGCCAGAGGUUUGUCAAGGGUGACUACUAUGAACUGGACUGGUAUUAUGAAGAGUGUACUGAUGUGUUGUGUGCAGACAGAGUGGGCCAGAUGACGAAGACCUACAGCGACAUUGAUGCCGUCACCCGACUGCUGGAAGAGAAGGAGCGGGACCUGGAGUUAGCAGCUCGCAUCGGACAGUCGCUGCUGAAGAAGAACAAGGCUCUCAGUGACAGGAACGAGCUGCUGGAGGAGCAGGUGGAGCACAUACGAGAGGAGGUGUCUCAGCUGCGUCACGACCUCUCGAUGAAAGACGAGUUACUGCAGUUCUACACAAACGCUGCUGAGGAAAGUGAGGGGGAGUCCAGCACCUCCACACCGGUGCGUCUGAGUGAACCUAAUGUGUCGACCCCAACUUUGUUUCCACUGGACUCCCUGCAGAAGAAACUCAAAGAUUUGGAAGAAGAAAACAAAUCACUGCGAUCUGUGGCAAAUCAUUUGGAGACUGAAACGAUCUCGUAUGAGGAGAAAGAGCAGCAGCUUGUCAACGACUGUGUCAGAGAACUCCGUGCUGCCAACCUGCAGGCUUCCUCUCUGGCAGAAGAGCUGGCCAGGAAGAGCGACGAUGCUUCCAGACAGCAAGAGGAGAUCACACACCUCCUCUCUCAGAUUGUAGACCUGCAGAAGAAGGCAAAGCUUUAUGCAGUGGAGAAUGAAGAGCUGACACAGCACCUGGGUGCAGCCAAGGAUGCUCAGAGACAGCUCACUGCUGAGUUGCGGGAGCUGCAGGAUAAGUAUGCAGAGUGUAUGGAGAUGCUCCAUGAAGCUCAGGAGGAGCUGAAGAACCUGAGAAAUAAAACUCUGCCUCUCAGCACCCCAAGGCGUUUCCAUACCCUGGGCUUGUUCCCCAUGGACUCCCUCGCAGCAGAAAUAGAGGGGACGAUGAGAAAAGAGCUUCAGAUGGAUGACCCAGAUGUAGAAGAACAGAGACUGCACCCAAAGCGAGUUUUUCAGACGGUGAAAAACCUCAACCUGAUGCGUCAGCAGCGCUCCUCUGCAGCUCCUUCCCCUCUGAACAUCCCAGGCUCCAAUCAGAACUCAUGCUUCACCUCGGGGCGCUCCAGCAGGGUGGGCACGCCUCGCUCCAACUCCAUCUAUGGGAGUGAAACAGGAAGUGGGAUCUUCUUGGACAACAGGACAAGCAGUAUCCCGGAAGGUCCAGAUGAUGGGUCGGAAGACUCCAACAAGCGCCCCCCUGGUACACCUGGGACCCCAGGCAGCAGGGACCUGGAGGCAGCCCUGCACCGUCUGUCCCUGCGGCGUGACAACUACCUCUCAGAAAAACGUUUCUUCGAAGAAGAGAGGGAGAGAAAACUAGCCUACCUGGGGAAAGAGGAGGAAAAAGGAGGGGUUGAAGGCAGCGGAGGCCCAGGGACCCCAACAGAGAGCCUGCUGUCGUUCAGCUCGCAUCCCUCCUUGGGAAGCAUCUGGUCGGGAUACUCGAUCACAGCCAGGUCCUACCUGCCAGACAAGCUGCAGAUUGUAAAGCCGCUUGAAGGUUCUGCUACCCUCCAUGCGUGGCAGCAGCUGGCUCAACCCCACAUGGGGGCUCUGCUGGAUCAUCGGCCGGGCGUGGUCACAAAGGGCUUCCGCACUUUAGAGCAGGACCGGGAGCAGGAGGAAGGCUGGCAGCUGGACCAACCAGAGGAGGAUGAGGUGUCGCGUGACUCAUUUACCAGCUUGCCAGGAGAGAGCUCUGCUCCAAUAGGUUCACUCUAUUCUACCUCUGCUGGCUCCAUCUGCUGUAAUAAAGCUGCUGACAUCAAAGGCAACAACCAAAUAGAUGAACUGAAUGGAGCAAUUUGCGGCCCCAAAGAGGCAGUCGAAGGAAAAGAUGGACACGUUGCAAAUAUGCCCCUUCUCUUUUCCUGCUCUUCCUCGUCCUCCCCCAUUCCCUCUUGUUUGGAGAUCAGCAGGCACACGGAUCUCAAGGAGCUUCAUGCCCUGCAACCCACCACUGUGGACCGCACGCCUGUUCAUUUCCCAGGGAAAUGUAUGUCCCACACCAGCUCCACCUACACCUUCACCACCUGCAGGAUUCUCCACCCGUCUGAUCAGCUGACCUCGGUGUCCUCCGGCCCUGCCGUAGCUAUUUGUCAAAGCAGUUCUGCCAUCGGCACUUCUACCCACACCUCCACUCCUGUACCCUUCUCAGCCCCGCAUACACCUUCCUACACCCCCUGCUGCACCCCACGCCGCCUCUCCCUUUCCCUUUCCCUCAGCGAAUCCUCCACCAACUUGAGGGACUCUACCAAGACCACCAGCACCUCUCUAGGCCUUGUGCGACUCCUGCUAGAGCAUGGGAUUUCUGCCUCGGUGUAUGACCCAUGCAGCUGGGAUCGAGGGCUGGGUCCCACGGGCACUUCAACACCCACGGUAAGAGUGCAGGUGCAGAGGUGUGCAGCCAAGUCAGGGGAGAAGGAAGUCAGACCUCUGGUGAAACGGCCAGACACUCUCCUCCUUCAGUCCUCCACCCCUCCCAGCUCACCCCAUGAGGAAUCUGCCUCCUCCACCACGGCACGACCUGCAUUUCAGUUCAGCCCUUCCAAGGAGGAUCCACCAUUUUACGAUGCCUUCCUCGCUUCUAAACCAGCUCGCACCAUUCUGAGGGAAGUGCUGAUGGAUCUGGAGAGAGAGUAUGAAGGCAAGAUGGAUGAAGACAGCCAGAACGAGGUGACAAACCUCGGACUCGUGGACAAACUGAAACGUUUCCGAACACUUUCCCCGGUUUCUGCCUCGGUUUCCUCUGGGAGUGCUCUGUUAGCCCCCUUCAGCUCCAGUGGACUGGGUGGUGGGCUUCCGGGUUUAAAUGCGGGACUGAGGAGGAACCGAAGCUAUCCGGCCAUGGUGGGUGCCAGUAUGGCUAUGAAAGACCCAGGUGGACCACCCUGCACACUCAUCCCACAGACGAUGCAAACAUCACAUUCACAAGAUCCAGAAGAACAGAAAGAAGAAACGGGCAAAGUGCAAACACACCCCUCUGUAGUUAGGAAGGCCAUCCACAUACCACAAACUUUACAUGCACUGGAACCAGCCACACCUCAGACAAUAAUACAGAGACACACACGGCCAAAUAAGCAUUCAAAGGACUCAAACACACAAGACCAACACGGUGAGGGUCACACUAGGACAUGGUAGAAAAGACUGACUAUAUUAGCCCAAAAUUACAACAUUUUACAACACUGUUCAUGUUAUUAUUACACAUUUGCAAAUACAAAGCCAAAAAGCAUAUUUAUUGCAUACACAGCUGUUGUUUGUAGAAACAGAUUCACAUAAUCCAGACUCAGUGAGGCAGUUCCUCAUUUAUCCUUGCAGCCACUAGUAUGAGAACCUGAAUAUGAUGUUGGAGUGAUGAAUAAAACCCAUAUUGGCUGAAGCUGUUACACUGUGUUAUAUUUAAAUACUUUCAGGCCAGAUUAACGACAGAGUAUGCUGCCUUCCUUUGUGUCAUUAUUGUAUACUGUACUGUAUCUGCAAUAUACUGUGGCAUAUAGUAUAUUAUUAAAGCCCCAAUCUGGUGUACCUUAAAAUGUGGCUGAAUUAUAACCUCCAGUUGCUCUAUUCAUGUUAAAUAUAGAGAUUCACCAAAGUCUGUGGCCGAUUUCUAGCCUCUGGUUUUCGUAAAGCUUUGACUUUAAUUUUGAGCAAUUCCAAUUUCUCUUAAAGAUCAAUAUAAUAGCUUUAAACAUUACCAUUAUAUCAGUGCUUAUGCCAGUGAUUAAGCUAGCCAAGCUAGAUUUACUCUAGAGAAUCCAGACCAGGGGCCUCCAUUUCCAGUCCUCGAGAGCCCUUGUUCUUAAAUACACUUGACUCAAAUGAAUGGCCCAUUACCAGGCCCAUGCAGAAGACAUCAUAUCUAGACCCUUACCUUGACUGAGGUUUCCAAAAGACUACCAGUAUCCCCGAGUCCAACAUGUUUCAUAGCAGACAGAAAUGCUGCCUUCCCUUUAGCCUUCCUGUUACCUGCUGAAAGUCUGUCUCUUCCUCACUCUCAGCCUGAAUGAACCACAGACACGUCUCUUUCCAGUUUAAAAAAAAAAAAGCCUGGAUUGCAUUGUCAAGUUUCCGACCAGUCAGUGCUGGUUAAGCUAAAAAUCAUUGGAUUAUGUUGACCAGACGACCUCUUGGUGCAUCUCUACUUAUGUAAGGUAACUGACUGCUCUAGCCAAGGACAUCAAACAUCAAUGUCAAUCAAACCUAAAUAAAAAAUGUUUUCCUUUAAAAAACAGUUUGUUUCAUGAAACCAUUUUGGCAUUUUUAGAAGAUCCUAGCUGCUUAUAUUUCCGUUUUUCUGCACUGACCCUAAAAAAUGUUUUAUAUAUAAUUGUCUUCCUUUUUAAUUGUGUUGUUAGAAAAUCCAUAUUGGGGCUUUAAGAUAUCUUCUUGCUGUGACUGAAUGUUCUUAUGUGCCUAAAAACAAACACUAUUUAAUUGGAAUAUAGGUUUUGCAUUUGUUGUCUUUAGUUAUUUAGUAAUUGCUUUUGUUUUGAGUUAUUGUGUGCAAUAAAAGUAGUGCAAGGGAGAGUAUUUGCUGAAAUUCAGUGGUUUGCAUCUAAUUGUUUGCUUGUCUUACUUCAGAUGUAUUUUUGUAGUUUUUGUUAAAGUCCUUAUGAGUUUUGGAUCAUAUGGGAAUAGAGUAAAACUGUAUAUCUGCUGGAAUCCCAGAUAAAUUUCCCUUUUCGUCAUUUGUUUUGCUUGAUCUGUUUAUCUUCAUGUCGGCAGUAAACAUUUAUGUAUGAUAGGGUUGGAGUUUGACAAACAAAAUGGCCACUGACAUGGUGAUCUACCAAAUUGUACACAGGAGAUGCAGCAGCACCUUCAGCACAGCCGGAACCUGAUCUAGCACUAAAUGCCAAAGGUAAAGUCAAUUUGCAGCACAUGUUUAUUUUUUAAGGCUUUUUAUCAGUUCUUUUUUUCUCAGUACUGUGCACCUUGCAUCUCCAAACAUACACAUAAUUUACUUUGUUUGGGUCAAACAGCAGAGAGCACUGGAAUCUAGAUGUAAAUCUUGGUUGUAGUCUGAACUUUCAUCUCCAGCUGGUUGUUGCUGUAGAGAAUCUAUCGCUGACCCAGAUCCUGUCUCAACAGUAUUGAUCCGAUCAACCUUUAAUCGUGCUCCUGUUUAAUCCACAGAGCAGAAACACGCUGAAGAAGUAACACAGCUCUCUUGUGCUCAUUAAAUUGUCCUUCAAGCCCCAUUUUGUAAAUUCUGCUUGUUACGCAUAACUGAGGAGCAAAAUUUGAAAAAUAAAUAAAAUAAAAUGGGAUCCCAACACACAACAUUUUAGACUUUUGCACACAUCAAUAUUUAGGGUGUUGUGUUCAUUAAGAGUUUCAAUGCUUACUUUGGGUUUAGACACUGUCCCUGGACCAAGACAGUGUUGUUUGAAUGAAUGGAAACGUUUGCUUGUUUAGUUUGUUUUUGCUUCCCAAGAGUCAAGCAAGUGAUUAUUGCCCAUGUUUAAGUGAAGGAUGUUUCAGAUUGUGUUGUUGUUUGGGUCAGACAUUUGAAAUCCCCUUUGCUGGACAGAUUAAAUACUUCAGUAGUUCAGUGGCUUUUGAACAGUUUCUCUUGCAAACAGCUGCCUUGAUUGUAAUCUGUCUACAAGCCCAUUGCUGCCUCGGAUGUCAUGGGAGCAGCACAUUUUGUUUAGAGGGAAAAUAUCCCUCGCAGUAUUUCAGAAAUGAAGAAUGAAGCAGUAAUGUUGAUAUGACUGGUCGUGUCUCAUUGCGUUUUUUGUGCCACGUCACUUGAAUAAGUUAUUAUUCAGCUUGUAGGGCCAUCGUACAAUAUGAUUAGAUAUGUCUGAUUUAACCCAUCAUUUCAUGUAAAUGUAUGCAACAUGGACAUGUUAACGUGUGAUAUAUAUAUGUGUGUAUAUAUAUAUAUAUAUACAUACACAUACAUAGAAUGAAAAGACAAAUGUAAUAAUAAAAGCUAGUAGUUUUAGUAUAAUAGAGGAAUAUGUUCUAGUCAGAGACUGAUGAGUUCUAUUUUAUAAAACAUGUUCAGCUGUCAAUAAAAUAUAAAAUAAAGACUUAAUUGUCAUCCUUAAA